AUGACUUCUUAGCUACCAAAAAUAUAGGAAAGAUUAAAUUAAAGCAUUGAAAAUCCAUUUUAUGUUCCUGAUGAAUAUGAAAUCUUUAAAAUGAAAGAAAAAGAAAAGUAAAUAAAAAUGGAAGAAAGAAUAAAGUUUCAAAAUCUUAGAGUUCAUGAAAAAGGUAUAAAAUCUAAAGGAAAAUUGAGUAUUAGGGAAAUUAAUGAAAUUGGAAAAGAAGAAGAUAAAAAUGACAAGGAAUAUAAUGCAAAGAUGUAUAGAUAUAAUUGAUUUUAAGAAAUAUUAUUGAUGCUGCUGAUAAUGCUGUUAAGAAUAGAGUUAGAUAAAAAGAACCUAUGUAUUAAUUCAUAGAUAAGAAGAGAGAAAUGUUAUUAUUUUAGAUGUUGAUUGAUCAUAAGAGAGGUAUGAUAGAUGAAUUUGAGAAAUUGACUAAAUUACAUAGAUUAGGAUUAGAAAAAAGUGAAUAACUCAUAGAAGAAGAUGUGGAAUUAUUUAAUAAAUUUUUAGAGCAGAAUAAAAUGAGUUCAAGGGAGGCUAUAAAAGAAGCAGAAAGAGAAACUAAAUUAAAAUAAGAAAAAAAUAAUGAAAUAAAAGCUUUAUAAGAACAUAGAACAGAUUUAAUGACUAAAAUAUAAUAAAAAAUAGAUAAUUUAGAAGAUCUCUUAAAAUACAAAAAGUUCUUAGAUAAGAUUACUCCAAAAGAAUUUUAGAUGAAAUAAAAACAACCAAAAUAAUAAUAAUAGUAAUAAUAGGUUGCUUUAUCAAGAAAUAAUUAAAAUAAUUAAAUUAAUAAUGAAUUAUAAUAAUUAUUGAAUGAUUCAGAUGAUGAAUAAGUGACAUAUUUCACUUAACCAAAAUAAUUGGAAGAAAUAUUCUAGUAAUUAGAAGAAAAGAAUUUAUUUCUUAUUGGAAAUACUAAAGAAAGAGAAUAAAUGGUAGAAGAUUUAAAAAAUAAAUAUUAUUAAAAGAUUAAAACUUUAGAAGAAAAAUAAAAAACUGCAUUACAAACAAAAAAUGAAUUUUUAAAAUAAAUUGAUUAAGUUAAUGAUUAAAUCAAAGUAUUAAAAGCUAUAAGAAGUGAUAGUGAAGUUUUUGAACCCUUAAAAAAUUUAGAAAACUAAAUAGCUAAAAUAUAUAGAACUGAUGUUAAUCUUGAACCAAGAAAAGAUAUUACUGGAAUUGAAAUGCUUAAAGAGACUGAAAAACUAUUAGAAUAGAGAAUAAAUGAUUUGAAGAUGUUUAGAUAAAUAGCUCCUGAGCUUGUAUUAGAAAAAGAAAAAAAUUGUAUUAAGGCUAGAAAAGAUAUAGUUAAGUAAAUGAAAUAAGAGCAAGAUUUAUUAGAUUAAUAGAAAAAAUAAAAGGAGUAAUAAAAAGAAUAAGUUGUUCAUAAAAGAACUGGAAGACCUAUAAUGAUUAGAUCAUGGCCAGCAUAAGUUUAAGUAGAAGAACAAGUAGUUGAUGAUAUUACAGAAGAAGAAAAAGAGAGAAUUAAAUAUUUUACAUGA